AUGGCUAAUAUACCUGAGCAUCGAAAAUGGAUGUAUAACCGAUUGCUACCAGGAAGAAGGGGGUACACUGAUGAGUUCUUAAUGGGUGUUGAGGAAUUUGUAAAUUAUGCAAGUAAGCUUCCUGUAUACGAGGCUUCAAUGCAGAUUAGGUGUCCAGGUAGUAAGUGUAAGAAUAGAGUACACUUAUCUGCAGAUGAUGUUCGUGUUCAUUUAUAUAAAAAGGGUUUUGAACCGAAUUACUGGGUUUGGACUUGUCAUGGUGAGCUUGUCCCCGCAAUACAACAACUUGUGAACGAGGGCCCUAGUGAAAACAAUCAGUAUGAACAAAUGGUUUUUGAUGUAUGUGGUCCAUCAACCUUUCCAUUAAAUGUCGAAAAUAACCAAGAAGAAGAGCCACACAGUAGUGCAAGAAACUUCUAUGAUUUGUUAAAUGCUGCGAGACAGCCUUUAUCAAUGAAUGUUGGUGAAGAAACAGAGUUGGCAUAUACAUUGAUGAUGAUGAAUAUCAAGACAACUUAUAAUAUUCCGCAGGUAGCAAUGGAUCAGAUAUUUCACUAUAAUAACCGUAUGAUGGGUCCCGAUAAUCGAGUACCUACUAGGUAUUAUGAUGCAAAAAAAUUACUUACAAAACUUGGUCUUGGGCAUGAGAAGAUUGAUUGUUGUGUAAACAGUUGUAUGUUGUACUAUAAGUCUGAAAUCAAUGACAGACACUGUAAGUUUUGUGGUGAGCCAAGAUUUAAACCACGUCAACCUGGAUCUACUCAUGCAAAAGAGGUGUCACGCAAAAGAAUGCAUUACCUUCCCCUCAUCCCUAGAUUGCAACGGUUGUAUGCAUCACAUAUAUCUACCUCACACAUGCGGUGGCAUUAUGAAAAUCGCCGCGAGCCUGGUAUUAUGUGUCAUCCUUCAGAUGGUGAAGCAUGGAAGCACUUUGAUAGAAAGUUCCCCGAUUUCGCAGCAGAUCCUCGAAAUGUGAGAUUAGGCUUAUGUUCUGAUGGAUUUUCGCCUUUUGGUUUCAAUGCAAAGCCGUAUUCUUGUUGGCCUGUUAUGGUUGUUCCAUAUAAUCUCCCAUCUUCAGUGUGUAUGACUACACCAUACACAUUCUUAACUUGUAUUAUUCCUGUGAAAAAGAACCCAAAAGGCAAUAUUGAUGUCUAUUUGCAGCCUUUAAUCGAUGAACUUCAAUUGUUAUGGGAAACAGGUGUCUUGACUUAUGAUGCAUCACUUAAGCAGAAUUUUAUGAUACGAGCUGCGUUAAUGUGGACCAUCAAUGACUUUCCUGCAUACGGUAUGUUAUCUAGAUGGCAGACAGCCGGGAAACUAGCAUGUCCUUAUUGUGUUCAUUAUUCUAAAUCAUUUUACUUGAAGAAUGGUCAUAAAACGUGUUGGUUUGAUUGUCACCGUCAAUUCCUUCCAAUGAAUCACUCAUGGAGGAAGAAUCGAGAUGCCUUCGUCAAAAGACGAGUAGAGAAAUCAAGACCUCCACCAAUUUGGAAUGGAGAUGAGUUGUUUCAUAUUUUGGAAAAUAUCCCAAGGAUCAUUGAAGGUCCAAUUGAUCGCAUUGAGGGGUUUGGGCAAUCACAUAAUUGGAAAAAAGAGAGCAUAUUUUGGGAUUUACCUUAUUGGAAGGAUAACUUGCUACGUCAUAACCUUGAUGUGAUGCAUAUAGAGAAAAAUGUGUUUGACAACAUCUUCAACACGGUUAUGGAUGUCAAAGGCACAACAAAAAACAAAGACACGCCUAGUGCACGUCUCGAUAUGAAGGACGUAUGUAAUAGAUCACAACUUGAGUUGGUAGAACAUAAUGGACGUUUUCUUAUGCCCAAGGCAAGCUACAGUUUGCAUCGUACUAAUCAAUUGGCUGUCUAUGAGUGGUUGCGGACAUUGAAGUUACCUGAUUGA